CUCGGAGGAUGAUUUGAUUCCUUUAUAAAAUUUUCUGGGUAUGCUAAAUGGUGUAAAUGGCCUCCCAUAAUUUCUCGCAUUGGUUAGCGCAUUGGCAACCUUGCUAUCUAUUAGAGUUGAUGAAACCAGGAUGAUAUGAUCUCUGCAGAAAACAAGGGCAAACAAGACUACAUCAAUGAGGGUCAUAUGGUAACUGUUCUGUGUGUCAACUGUCAAUGUGUCAUGCUCCAUAUUUUUGGGUUUAAAAAUGUGUCUUUCUCUGUCCUUUUGGAAUUUCUACCUGGCUCCUGGUCCUUUUAGUGUCCCUCCAAAUUUUUAUGAUAAAUCUUUUCAAGACGCUGGAUGGAACAGAAUUCCAGGUAGUGACGCAGUGUCAUGGACAUGAUAAGCCGAUUUAUACCAACACUACUUAUUCAUUUCAUUUUGAUCUUCCCAAACUUCCUGAUGAGAUGGUGAAACUUUUUAAAUUGUGCUUACUACUUGACGGCUCAUCAAUUCUUCAUCACAUCAGCUGGACUCUUAUGCAUUUUACAGGGAGGUACAAUAAUGAAUGUAUAUACGGAGUAUAUAACAAUAUUGUAAUAUUGAAUGAAAGUGAGGCUACUUUAGUUAUGAAAAUUGUUUGGUGCAACUCCAAGCAAUAUAAGGCUGUACCAUAAGGUGCAAGAAUUGCAGCCAUACCGUUGAAUUGGCUUCCACUUUGCUUUGUGUACCCAUCCAACAUACUGCUUUGUUCGUUAAUUGAACCUUAGCCCCUGUUUUUGCACCCUUUAUUAUUUAUGUCAGCCUCUUUCUUUAAACUCAAAUGCCUUCAGUACAUCAACACAUUAUAUACCACCCGGUUAAGUCUAGAAGACAUUUCGGUAAGAUCACUGACCGUCUUGCUUGAAGCUAAUUAACUUUAAUCUUCUCUGCAUCUCCAUAUGCCCAGUACAUACAUAUAUAUAAGUUCUUUUGCUUUGUGACAUUACCACUCUAUCAUUCUUAUCCAGUUCAUUUAGUUCUCUUACUUAUCUGAUUUGCCUUAGCCAUUCAUUUUCAUUGUUCAUUGCAAAUGUAUCUAUACGGCUGUGCAGUUUGUUUAAGGUUCCUACUAUUCUCUCUGUGCACUUUGUUUAAGGCUUUCAGCUAUUCUCUAAAUCCGUAUACCUAAUCUGCAUAUUCUUAAUAAAGUUUAAGAACCAAUUUGAGUAUAUUAUAUCUUUGUAUGAAAAAGAGAGGGUAUGAAUCAGGUAUCGAGGAUCUCUUUAUUUGGAUUCAAGUUUUCUGAACUUCCAUGUUUUUCAAAUUCAAACCCCAUGGUAAGAAAUGAAUUUUUCAUAGUUUGUUAUUAAUUAUGUGUUUUAUGCUACAUAUCUAAAAAUGUUUGUAUUUUCUUUUGAGAAUAUAUAAACAUUUAUGCUAGAUUAUUAAUUAUUUUUAUAUUUUAAAUAAUCCACCAAUUAAUACUCUAAGAUGUAAAAAAUGAUGUAAACAUGACUUUUUUCGCCACGGUUGCCUUUAUGUUUCUUGUUUCUGCCAUCAUUAUGUUUAAAUAUGAGGCAUUGAGGCAUCCACAAUCUCAUUCUUCUUCUAGGAUUUGAAGUAAAGGUAUGCAUUUCUUUUUCCAGUGUGUUUUCCUUUCAUUUCAGUCUUGUUCCAGUUUUUCAAGAUUGUUUUCUUUUUCAUCUAAAAGAGAGGUUUUAAAAAAGAAGCUUUGUGUUAGAUUUGCAUUUAUAAUUGGCAUGACAAACUCACUGUAGGGGUACUCUUUUGGUAUGCAUGUACUUCUAAUUUGCAUGACAAACUCACUUUAGAAAAAUUUCAUAUUGCAGGUGUUCAUAACAUAUAAUGAACUUAUUCUAUUUUAAGCAGCUUAUAGAACUUAUAUUCAUUUUUACCAUAUAUGUUUUGCCAAAUUCAGAAAAUAUGCAGUUGCUAGCUGCUUGCUACUUACAGAAGUAGUUCGUUUAUGAUUUUUUGAGCUAAGUUAUGUGACCUAUUUUAGGUAGAUCUACAGAUGAUGAACUAAUAACAAUAAUUUUAUGAAUCAAAGUUAUGUGCCCUUGACCAAAGGCUUGUAAAGAAGACUUUCAAAUUGGUAGAUGAGACUUUGAGAAGAAGAAACUUGCUUGAAGCAGGGUUGUUGUGAUCCUCUACAGCUUCAUCACAAUUUAUAAAUAUUGAUAUUUGGAAAGACGCCUGGAAUUGAUGACAUGGUUUUAGAUAAAAUUUGCUCUUGGCAUUUGCUACAAAUUAUUCAAAGUGUUGUUCAGUCUGUCACAUAAAAAAGUUGAUUCUUUUUAUAACCCGCCUUCUUAAUUCUUUAAGAGCAUAUUGGGACUUUCAAUGAGAUUUGAGAAGGAAUUAAAAAAAACUCACUUUAUUUCGGUGUUCAUUACUGUAACUAUAUUUAUAACAGGAUAUUUGUAAGAGUUGUAUAUGAACUGCAUCCGCU